AUGGCAGACUACAUAUCCACCCCAUCACCACGCAACCCCCUCCUAUCCUCCGGCAUACUAUCCUCAUCCUCCCCUUCCUCGUCGUCUGUCCUGGAGCUAGGCUGCGGGAUAAGUCCCCUCUUGGGAAUCUGUCUGUCCCCCCACGUAGGACACUACAUCUUGUCCGAUCAGUCCUACGUUCACCGUCUCAUAACUCAAAAUCUAGAGGCCAAUACUGCCACAUCCAACACUGCAGACAAAUCUUCCAAAUCUUCUCGCUCCCGUCGAGCGGUACCGGCAGCAUCGGCAGUAGGAGGAGGAGGAGGAAGCACUUCCAGAAACAUAUCAUUCCAGCCUCUAGACUGGGAGACAGACGCCGUAUCAUCCGCGCUCAGCCCGACGGGAGAUUUUGACCUCGUCAUAGCGUGCGACUGCGUCUUCAACUACGCACUCGUCAAGCCAUUCAUAGGCGCCUGCGUCGACGCCUGUCGUCUCAGGGGGGAGCAGAAGACGCCCACCGUCUGUCUUGUCGCUCAGCAGCUGCGCUCUGACGACGUGUUCCAGGUGUGGAUGGCAGAAUUCCAUCGGCAUUUCCGCGUCUGGCGGUUCCCUUCGGACAUAUUACCCGAGGAGCUUCGUCCGGAGAAUGGUUUUGUCAUUCAUGCUGGUGUUCUGAGGGAGUGA